AAAUGUACAUUAUUUGUUUACUUCCUGUAUCAUCAUGCCGGGAGAAGAUGCGUCUGAGGACAAGGACAAAUCCAUCCAGCAUAUUGCUGCGAUAAGCUUUGGGGUAAUCUGCAUUGUUAUUGGAAUACCAUUAUGGUGGAAGACAACAGAGGUGUACAGAGUGAGUCUGCCAUACUCAGAGAUAGCAGAAUUAUCGAAUUCUAAGUUUCAGUUCACAGUUGAUAUUGAUGUUUUAAACUUGGAAACAUCUUGGACUGAUAAAGAUCUGACAGAUCUGUCCAAGCUUUUGAAGGCAAACCUAGAUGACAGGAAACUUGGAACAAUAUUUCCUAAAUAUCGUGUGACAGUCAGACAAGCAGAGAAGAAGCAGACAAGUGAUGCAAACUCCUUUAAAACACUGACAGAACUGGAUGAAUACUUCCAUGGAGAGGACUCUACCAUCAAUAAAUACCUGAUUGUUCUGCUGCCACAUAACAAUGCUGUGGUUAAUGUGCCUUCUGUGGGAAACUACAGGGCAGUGUUCUUACCUGUUAGGAAUGGAGAUUUGAGUCCAGUUUCCGCAAAGAUUACAGGAGUUCUUCACAAUGUUCUGGUUAGGGAGGAUACACUAAUGAAGUCCUUCCAGAAUUCUCUAGGUGCUAGAGAGCCAAAGGAUAAAGAAAGCAUGAGAUCCCUACACUAUCACCAAGGAUACGACCUUUUAUUCACUUUGGUGAACCCACAACCAGAUAUCCUGAAUGUUGAUUGGUCAAUCAAGGAGGCUAUAGCAGCUUACUUGAAUCCUUUAGCCACUCAGCUGUCAGAUUAUAUUAGUCUGGAUACCAAAUCACAGAUGAUAUUUUUCACUGGAUUGAGAAGAAAACCUAAGAAGGACAGUGAAGGUUCUGGUUACUACUAUGAGGAGAAAGAUUUACCCCACACCAUCAACCCACUGGAGGCCAAGCUAGGAUCACAUGCCUCCAAUAAUCCCAUGUUGAAUUUCAUUGUUUAUGUUCCAAGUAGAGACCAGAGCCCCCUUCAUAUUGUUGACAAAAAUGGUAAAACUGUGAAGACCAACUCCUUUCUGAGUCCUCAAUGGGGAGGGAUAGUGAUUCAGAACCUUCCCUCUCCCCCUCCUAAUUCCUCUCUCCCAGUUGAUGCUGAAGUGGACAUGAAGACAGUGAUGGAAGUUUUCCUGACACAGCUAAGACUUCUGAUGGAUUUCAGUAUUCAGGAAGUUAAAGAUGUAAAAGUCAGAGAAGUAGAAAAUCUUGUCAUAAGAGAAUGGGAACUGGACAACUGGUUAAGAAAGAAAUGUACAGAGAAUUUGGCUACGUCAAUAUCAACUCUGCAGUCUCUGACCGCUUUGUUAGAGGGCAUCAGUAACAUAGUUAUACAGGAUGAUAUUGGACAACAGGUGGAGAAUGCAGUUACUGGAAUUAAAGAAGCUCAGAGAUACUUGACCAGUGGUCAAAUAUCCAGGGCAUUUACACAGUCACGGAAGGCUCUAGCCUCAUCAGAAAAAGCAUUCUUCGAUCCAUCCCUCUUAGAAUUAUUGUACUUCCCAGAAGAUCAAAAGUUUGCCAUAUACAUACCUCUUUUUCUUCCGAUUGGUCUACCAAUUCUUGGAUCACUAUUUAAAGCCUACAAGUGGAUCAAAUCAAAAAGGAAACAGAAGUUAAAGACAGACUAAUUUCUUCUAUCUGUGAAUUGUCUUCAUAUCAUUGAUUUUUUUAUAGCAACUAAUUGUUUUUCUU